AUGUCCGCUUCUACCUCUUCUGCUGUCGGCGAGUACUUUUCUCGCCUGUAUGAGCGUGCUUCUGACAUGGUCACGAACCUGACCCAGCCUCAGGACAGCGAGAGUCGUCCGCUGUUGCAUGGCCAAAGCAGCAACGCCGAAUAUGGUGCCACAACCGACAACAGCAUCCCUGUGCCCAAGCCCCGCAAGGUGGUUACGCCUAUCAAGGUUGAGGCCAAGGUCUGGUUUGCCAAUGAGCGAACGUGGAUCUCUUGGCUGCGUGCCUCGCUGCUCAUCGGCACACUCGCUCUUGCUCUCUUCAACUCUGCCUCCUAUUACGACCCUGUGCCUGGCUCAGAGGUGCCCACUGGCAACCCUGGUGCCGCGAAGAUGGUCCGUGGCUUUGGCAUUGUGUAUGCACUGCUUUCGGCUUUCAUCCUGCUUUGGGGCCUGUACAGCUACCAGCGCCGGACGAUCUGA